AUGUGGGUGAGAUACUCUCUGACGUUCAGAAUUCAAGUGGUAAGUAGUUUCCCGCAUUAUGAAUGUGGUAUUUCUGAUGGUAGCAAGUCAUGUCGAAGACCUGAAGGUAAUCUUGUGGAAAUUGUGAUCCUCACUGAGCUUGGCCACUUGUACGUCUGGUCUGAAGUCGAUCGUCGAUUACGACGAUGCGUGUUCAUUGACGUAAGCAGUGGCGACGAACAUCCAUUGCCGUUGUAUGCGCAAAGUUUUUGGUGUAACGAUGAAUAUAUCUUACUGAUCAGCGAGCACGGAAUAGUCUUUGUCUGUAGACGUAUGAACAGUGCACAAGGCGACAAGAUACACUUGUCGUUGUCCAGUGGUGCUCUCGACUUCACUGCUUCGGACAAGCCCACCCACUUAUCUUCAGAAUACUAUAUAUUAUCUGUGGUCACGAUUCCCGGUGUCCUUUACGGCUACAGGGCCGUGUCGACCACCGACGGCCGUAAUUACGCGAUCAUACAGUCAGCAAUAUGCUUAGACAGAUUUGCGAACGUGAUUUCCAGCUAUGACUUCCCGUGCGUGUCAGCGAGCUUCGUCGACUACUUCCGUGACCAGGUGCUGGGCUCUUCGUCGAGGACAGUUACAAGUGAUAUCACGAUUGUCUGUGAAGCUGUCAACUUUUACUGUCACAAGUUCAUUCUGGCUUCACGAAGUGACUACUUCGCUAAACACGUCGUCGAUGAUCGAUGCUCGACGCUGGAAAUCACGGACGUCCAACCAGGGAUUCUCCAGCAGAUCUUGGAGUAUAUAUAUACGAACGACUGUGAGACGUUGCGCAAACGGCGGCAGCGACUCUCCCUUUUGAUUAAACCGGACUCAGAUACAGUUCAUUCUUUUCAACAGACCGUUGCCGAAAAGCUGUUGAUCAAGGCGUGUGUAAAGUUUUGCUUGUCAGAACUACAAAACAAGCUUGAGAUUUCGUCUGAUCUGAAGAGUGUGGAAAAGUGCGACUCAUGUAUUUUGAACCAUUUGCGUUUUGCUCGCGAAAGUUUUCCAGAUCUGUACGACAUUAAUUUCGUUUGCGCUGACGGCAUCACGCUUGGUGCUCAUCAGUGCAUGCUGGAAGCCCGAGUGCCGUACUUCGCAACGAUGCUCUCGUCCCAGUGGACCACCGACCACACGGUCAGAACAUGCGGGUUGCCGUCGCUGCCCGUCGCUGUUGUUAAAGAUAUCCUCACAUACGUGUAUAGCAAUGAAACACCACUGUGCAGUUUGGACAAAAACGAUCGGACAUCGACUUCAGAGCGAUGGGAGGACUCGUUCUCGAAUCUGAAGCAUUUACUUAUGCAAGCGGAUCAGUGGUUGAUGGACCCGUUGCGCAACUUUUGCCAGAGAGAGCUUUCGCGACACAUAACCCGCAAGAACGUCGUGGGAUUGCUACAUUUAUGCCACACCAUACCUCUGGAACAGUUGAGAAAAUUAUGCCUUGAGUUCAUUUGCCUGAAUCUUUCAGCAUUUUUCGAAACGGACAGUUUCUCAGACAUUCCAGAAGAAAUUCUGACAGAGCUGGAAGGCUGUUACAAGAAAAUGUUCGAGGCGGAUGAGAGCAUCGAAAUCAACCCAUUCGUUGUUAGCGCUGAAGCACCCCACUUGCAAGUGCCCCAGGGGAGCUUUGAUCGCUGCAAUGUGCCUUGUACUUCCUCCGUGGUCAACGUUGCGACCUUCCGGAAUCGUCAUUAUGUCUGGGAAGCAUCACCAUCGCAUUUAGAAGAUGGUCUGCAGAAUAUAGUGUCUCUUGAUGAAAUCGUGAACGUGGAGGAAGAAGUUGAUCUCAGCAAGAUUGAAAAAGAGAAAGUUUCAACUCCUUCUGCGACGAGUCUUGCUAGUCAUUUGGGAUCGUCACCCCUUUCAAGGAAAGGGUGGGAAUUGGAAGAUGGUUUACAGAAUUUAGUGCAUCUUCGUGAGAUCAUGAACUCAGAGGAAAAAUUGUUUCACUGUCAAAACAAAAUUGAAAGAAAGAAAAUUUCGACCCCUACUGUUACAAGUCCUAGUAGUCCUUUGGGGUCGUCACCGCUUUCUAAGAAGGGUUGGGACAAAACGCCAGAUGUUGUGAAUCAGUCAGUCGGCUCCAACGAAGUGAAAUCGUUUUCGAAGAUCGUUGAGGAGCAACGAAGCGGUAUCGAAGCCAGAAACGAACUUGUCUCAAAGCCGUUUCAUUUCGUUCAGGUAUUAACACUUGCUUUAUGCACGAAGGAUUGCAGAGUGGUCCUCAGAAUUAAGGGAAUUUUUUGAGU